AUGCGGUGUUCCAUCAGGCGCGGCAUCAUAACCUCAGUGGGCAUUGGAUUCCUGUGGCUCCUCGUCACUUUGAAAACCCCCAGGGAAACUGAAGAUGUUCAGAACGUGAUGGCUUUCAAAGGCCAAGAGGACAGUUAUGGCAAAAGAAAAGAUGUGAGACUGCUGGAAGGCUGGCAGAAUCAUACCUUCCAGUAUAUUAAGACAAUUCAGCAGAGAAGAAAGACGUGGCUGACAGUGGGGAUCUCCUCAGUGCCACGACCAGAUCAAAGCGGCCUCUUGUACACCCUGGUCUCUCUGUUCCGUGCUUCCUCUAAGAUCGAGCAGAAACGUCUCACAGUACUGGUUCAUCUGGCACAUUCUGACCUCACCGGUCUCAGAGAAACCAUUGCCCAUAUUUCAACCCUCUUCAGCCCACAGAUCUUGUCAGGGAAGCUGCUACUGAUUCAUACUCCAUCUGAUGCCUACCGCACCACGGAUGACACGAGGAAGGAGGCCCACCGUGGGGAAUUCUACUCCAAGCAGAAUAGAGAUCAUGCCUUCCUCAUGAGCUUUGCCGCAAAGCUCUCUGAAUACUUCCUGUUACUGGAGGACAAUGUCCUUUGUGCCCCCAACUUUAUCACCCACAUUCAUUGGAAGGUGGACACAAUGAGGUCCAACCCAUGGGUGCUACUGGAGUUCUCUAAUAUGGGCUUCCUCGGCAAACUCUUCCACAGCAGGGACCUCCCACUCCUGGCUCAUUUCCUCCUCCUCUUCUACAAGGAAAAGCCCCUUGACAGACUGAUCCCCCACUUCCGUACCCUCCUAGCUCAGAAAAACCCAAUCCUCUGCAGACCGUUCCUUUUCUACCACAGGUUCUCCUACUAUACCUCCAAUGACAGUCAGAAGGCCACGCCAGUCCGGAGAAAGAACCCCUAUGGUCCUGACAACCCACCCGCAGCCAUUUUCACAGAUAUGAAGGUUUUUGAUGUUCAUUUCCCCUGGAAGGCCUACACUCUGGAUGAGUCAUUCUUCUGGACCCAAAAUGUUAGUGCAGGGAACCACCUGACGGUCAUUUUGAAGCAUCCAGCGAACUUGAGCAGAGUGCAAGUGUUGACAGGCACCAUCGUGGAUGGAAAGCAUGCCCUAGAGAAGGGGCAAGUGGAGCUGGGCUAUGACCCCGAGGGAAUGCCUCAAUACUGUACCAGCUUUGCCUUGCUGGGCCAUCUCUUGGAAGGGCAGGUGAAUCAGGAGAUAUUCAAAAGUAUGGGGUACGAUGUGAGCUGUGUAAGGCUGGUGGUGAAAGCUAAUCAGGUUGGCGGUCUCAUAAUCAGGCAUAUUUACCUCUGGGAGGAAAAUCCCAAAGAUAUAGAAGCAGCUCAGAGUUGGAGAUAA